AUGGGCCGCUCUCUAGUCAAAACCGCCCUCGCGAACAAUGACCUCGUAGCAGCUGUCGGACGCACAUACGAGAACAGCCCCGCAGCAAUGAAAGAGCUCGAAUCAGCAAAUUGCAUCGGACUCCUAUGCGACGUACGAGCGCGCGAGACCGUGAAACGCGUUAUCGACCAAACAAUAUCCCACUUCGGCCGAAUCGACAUACUCGCAAAUUGCUCCGGCUACGGCGUCAUCGGCGCCUGCGAAGACCAAGAUGAAUUCGACAUCCGCAAUCAAUUCGAAACAAACUUCACAGGAACUCUGAACAUGAUCCAGCUAUCUUUGCCGCAUUUCCGUCAGCGGCGAGCGGGGAGAUAUCUCAUUUUCAGUUCGACGUCUGGUGCACUUGGUGUGCCGGGGCUCGGACCAUACUGUGCUUCCAAAUACGCUGUCGAGGGCUUGAUGGAGAGUAUGUUGUACGAGGUGGAUAGUUUUAAUAUUAAGGGUACGCUUGUUGAGCCGGGGCAUAUGCGGAGGGAUGAUAUUGGGGAUAUGGUUUCGCCGUCUGCGCAGGCGCCGGACCCAUCUGAAUAUCAGCUUUCGGCGCCUUUGCCGCUCUAUGGUCAUUUUUUAGUGAAGCCGCCCAGUGAGCCGUAUGAUACGACUACGUCUCCAGCGGCGCAUGCGCGACGGAUGCUUAUGUGGCUUGGGGACAAGCAGCCGGCUAGUGCGGUUAAGGCGGCGCAUUUGGUUUGGCAACUUGGGCAUUGCUCUUACCCGCCGUUGAGGUUGAUUCUAGGUACAUAUGCUGUUGAGAGUGUGCGGGAUCGGUUGAAGUGUAUCAUUGAGGAGAUUGAAGAUUGGAAAUAUCUUAGUUUCCCGAUGGGUGAGACGCAACUGCCGGCUGGAGCGGGGCGUGAGAGAUCUUCUUUUCAGGAGGAAGCCGAAGGAGGGAGUGAAUUGGGCAAUGGAUGA